AUGAGGAAGAAGAAAACGGUGAGCACUUCGGCGACGGUGAAAAAUCGCCAGCUCUCGCCAGCCAAGGUCAAGGUCAAGGUGACACAGGAGAGCAGCGCAAAUAUCAGCUCUACGCCGAACAUGACUNUCAAUGAGGAAGAAGAAAACGUUUUGGCCGCUGAACUGAGCUUUUCUAAAGCAGAAGAGCUUGCACCGGUUGUACAACUUAAAGAUGGCAAAGUGAGAGGCACUGUGGUGCAGAGUGAUGAUGGUUCGAAGGUGUUGGCGUACCAGGGAAUCCGCUACGGCCAUGCUGCUCGAUUUGCCAAACCAGUUCCAGUUAAACCCUGGACCGACGUUUACAAUGCCACCCACUGGAGAGAUGCCUGUCCUCAGAAUGGCUUUAGCUUUCCGCCGUACAAUGAUCCUAAUGCCCAGACAAAGACGAUGAGUGAGGACUGUCUCUUUGUCAGCGUCUGGCGACCACAGAAGGAGAAGGCCAAUCGAGCAGUUAUGGUCUACUACCACGGAGGCAGUUUUGUCAGCGGCACCAUCUUCACGACUAUGUACGACGGUCGCUACCUGGCCAGUAGGGAUGUGGUCGUCGUGACGGUCAACUCGAGAUUAGGAGUUCUAGGGUACCUCUACGGAAAUACCACCGAAGCUCCUGGUAACCAAGCAGUCUGGGACCAGUACCUGGCAUUGAAAUGGGUGCAUGAAAAUAUUCAUGCUUUUGGUGGNCAUUUGGUGAUUUUCGGUGAAUCAGCGGGCGUCUUUCCCAUCUCCGCUUUCUCUGUCUCACCACUGACCAAAGGUCUCUUUCAACGAGCAAUUCUGCAGUCAGGGGCGCCGACCAACGCCAACAAAAACUCCGUCACACAGCCGCACAAGCGAACUGAGCUGGUCGCCCAGCUGCUCGCCUGUCCCACCGAUAAAAUUGCCAACACUCUAACCUGUCUGAAGGGCAAAAGCAUCGACCAGAUUUUGGCCGCCCAGAAAACGCUUGAGGCGCUAAGUGCCGUUCCCGGAGCCAUUCUCGGCGAUCAAAUGCUGCCCUUUGAGAACUUUGUCACCGAACUGAAUGCUGGCCGGUUUCACAAGGAUAUCGACUUUAUGUACGGUGUGACAAAGGACGAGGGCACCUUCUUUGCCGGCCUUGCCUUCAAGGAGCUUGACUCCAACAGCACAGUGCUCACUGUGGAGAAGGUCAAGGAGUACAUUCUGAAGGUGUCACUGGGCAAGAGCUACGCCCUUGAGGUGGCAGACUUUUACACAAAGCACCUGAAAAGCGACGCCAGUCAGACGGAGCUAAA